AUGGAGACAGAGACGGAGCUCGCAAAAAUUAUUUCCAAACGACUGAAGGAGGGCUCAUAUGAGUGUGCGGUUUGUUCUGAAUUGGUUCGUCUCCGUGACAAACUUUGGGCCUGCUCGGCAUGUCAUGGGAUUGUGCAUUUGUCAUGCGUUAGAUUUUGGGUGAAGGUGCAGGCUGAGGAGCGAGAAAAACAGAGGGGAACUUCAGGCAAUACAUCUUGCGUUGCAACUGAGUUUUGUUGCCCUCUUUGCCGAUUGAUUAAUCCAACCGAUGCGCUGGCGGAAUACAAAUGCUUCUGCGGUAAAGUAAAGGACCCAUGCGAUGAUCCUCUACUGGUGCCGGGUUCUUGUGGCCAGACCUGCGAAAAGCGUCGUGAUGAUCCGAAGUGUGUGCAUCCCUGUACGCUGAUGUGUCAUCCAGGGCCUUGUCCCCCCUGUUCCUUGACACGUCUGCAGUCUUGCUACUGCGGUAAUUCGGAAAUGAGCGUUGGAUGCUCGAGCGGGGUGCGCGGCUUUAACUGCGGCGGAGUCUGUGGAAAGUUGCUUGACUGCGGGAACCACAACUGCACCGCCCUCUGCCACGAAGGACCAUGCCCGAUCUGCACGGUGCUUGCAACAACGAAAUGCCAUUGUGGAGCCAUGGAAAAAACACUGCGCUGUGGUGAAAACGUUCCUUUUUCUUGCAACGCUGUGUGUGGGAAGCCGCUUGAUUGUGGGAAUCACAACUGCCCGGUCAAAUGCCAUGAGGGACCUUGCAAGCCUUGCUCACGGGUGCCUGAGCGACAACCGUUCUGUCCCUGUGGCAAGGUGCGUGUACGACAACUUCUUGAUUCCCCAAGGAAGUCCUGUUUGGACCCCAUUCCUUCCUGUGGACUGGUUUGUGGGGCGCGACUGCCGUGCAAUCAUACCUGUUCCUUUUUGUGUCAUGAAGGUCCUGUGUGCCCACCCUGUGUUGAGGUGGUCACGUCCAGGUGUGCGUGUGGAUCCAGCAAUAUUGAAUAUUUUUGUUUUUGCAGCUACUUACCUCCAGAGGAAUGGCAAGAGGCUGCUGCAAAGUCAAACGUUGUAAAGAAUGUGGCACUUUGUUAUCCCCCAAAAUGUAACAAACCCUGUAGAAAGCAGUUGUCAUGCGGCAAACAUACAUGUAAAGAGAUCUGCUGUUCCAAUGAGGAUCACAAAUGCUACCGAAUUUGCACCAAACGUUUGUCUUGUGGCAUUCACACUUGCGGUCAACUUUGCCACAAAGGGGCUUGCUCUCCAUGUAGCAUUGUAUCGUACGAGAGGCUCUAUUGUCGCUGUCGACGGUCAUGGAUUGAGCCUCCAGUGCCAUGCGGCACGAAACCUCCAAGUUGCAGCCAUGAGUGUGUGGUUCCUCGACCCUGUGGCCAUCCGGCGAACCAUCCGUGCCACAUUGAGGAAAAAUGCCCCGUCUGCGUGGUGCCUGUGGAAAAGAGGUGUGCAUCACACAAAAAAGUGAUGCCGUACUUUUUUCCUUGUUUUAGACAGUCUAUUUCGUGCGGAAAGAAGUGCGGAAAGCCAUUGAGAUGUUGUGGGAAAACGUGCGAGAAGACGUGUCAUGGUGGGCCGUGCGUGCACCAGUGUGCAAACAGGUUUCCAGCGCUUUAA